AGCGUUCUUGUCGAUUUCCUCUUCCUACCUCUUUCUUUCCGUACUCCGUCACAAUGCAGAAGACAAAGCAAAAGGAACCCAUCCACUCAGUCCAAGUUUUCGGACGUAAGAAAAGUGCAACGGCUGUAGCUUACUGCAAACGUGGUCGUGGUAUUUUACGUGUAAAUGGCAGACCAUUGGAGAAUAUUGAACCAAUUGUACUCCAAUACAAAUUACAAGAACCAAUUCUUCUUCUCGGCAAGGACAAAUUUUCAGGUGUUGACAUGCGCAUACGUGUAAGCGGUGGUGGUCAUGUAGCACAAAUUUAUGCUAUCAGACAAGCUAUGUCCAAGGCACUUGUUGCUUAUUAUCAAAAAUAUGUCGAUGAAGCAAGUAAAAAAGAAGUCAAGGAUAUCCUUAUCCAAUACGAUCGUACAUUACUUGUAGCUGACCCAAGACGUUGUGAGCCCAAGAAAUUCGGUGGUCCCGGUGCGAGAGCACGUUACCAAAAAUCGUACCGUUAAAUUGUAUCACUAUACAUUCAUAUUUACAUCUUUUUUUGUACGUUAUCAAUACGUCGUUCAAUAAGAAAAAUGAAUAAACAACAACACUAAAAUAUCAA